AUGGCAAAGAAGGCACGCGCGCGCAACAUUCUCGUCAAACUGCUUUCGACAGCAGGGACAGGCACAUCCUAUGUUCGACAACGGCCGCGGUUGGCAGCUUAUAAACUCAACAUGGUGAAAUUCGAUCCGAAAGUCAAUGCGCGGGUUAUGUUCGAGGAGGUACGGUUGAAGAAAUGA